AUGGCUUUUCUUGCUGUAACAUCUCUUAUGAGAACGUUAGAGCUCCAGUUCCUACACCCCCAACCACGCGUUAUUCUUACAAACAAAGAGCAGAUUAAGUCUCUUGUUGAAAAAUUUGGGCAUUUGCUAGCUUUUCUUGAGGAAUACGAGAAGAAAGGCAACAACCGCUCUGAGAUGAAAGAGCUGACAGAAAAAAUUAGAAAAGUGAGUGUGAAGGCUGAAGAUGACAUUGAAGCAGAGCUAUUGAAUGUUCAUCAUUAUCAGGAUCUGGAUAAGGCUUUGCAGCGUGUUGUUGAGGACAUUGAAGAGCUGAUGCAGACUACAAGGAACACUAAACACCACCUUGUCAACAAUCUCACACUUGGAGCUCCCUCUCAACCAACCUCAAAUGUGGAGGAUAAUAAUGCAAUGGUAGGACACUCAGAAGAACUGAUUAAGGUGAAGUCUCAGCUCAUUGAUAAGUCACUUAAACAACGCCAAGUAAUGGCCAUAGUUGGCAUGGGUGGCAUCGGCAAGACAACUUUUGCUAAAAGAAUUUUUAAUGACUAUCCGCCGGGCAAUUCUCAUUUCGAUAUUUGUGCUUGGACAACCUUGUCCCAAGAGCAUAACAAACUACAAGCUCUUACUGACCUCAUUCGUUGCAUCUUGGUAACGAGCAAGAAGAAAAUAGGAGGUGAUGAUCCAGUAGACCUACUGCGCAAAUGUUUAUUGGGCCAGAGGUACCUUAUUGUUGUCGACGACAUAUGGACUACCGAAGCUUGGGACGAUAUCCAGGGAUGCUUUCCAGAUGACAAUAAUGGUAGCCGAAUAUUGUUGACUACUCGGGUUAGAGAGAUAGUCCAGUAUGCAAAUUCUGGUGAGUAUUCUUAUGACAUGCGUUUCUUAAAUUCAUGUGAAGGUUGGGAUUUAUUUUACCAGAAGUUUUUGGCUAAAGAAUUUCUGAAGAAUGAAUUUGAAACGAUAGGGAGGAACAUUGUUCAGAAAUGUGUGGGUUUACCACUUACAAUUGUGGUGUUAGCAGGGCUUCUCUCUACUAUCAAGUCAGUAGAUGAAUGGGAAAAUGUUGAAAGUAAAAUAAAUUCAUUGCUGACUUUAAAUCUCUCUGAACAAUUUUCAAGAAUACUCAAUUUGAGUUACAACAGUUUGCCUAGCGAUUUGAAGGGUUGUUUUUUGUAUUUGGGAGUUUUUCAUGAAGAUUGUGAGAUUCCAAUUAAAAAGCUUAUUAGGUUAUGGAUUGCAGAGGGAUUUGUAGGAACCGUGAGUCAUAGCAAGAGGCUAGAAGAAAUAGGUAGAGAUUAUUUGCAAGAUCUUAUUGAUAGAUGUCUAAUUAUGGUUCAUAGGAGAAGCUCUGAUGGAAAUAUCAAGACUUGUAAGAUGCAUGAUCUGUUACAUGAGUUGUGCAGAAAAAAAGGUAAAUUUGAGAACCUUUUGUAUCUUGAAAAUACGGGUAGUAGCCAUCAUCGCGAAAUUGAAUUGGAUGAUAGCCGUUGGUUAAGUCUUGAUGUAGCAAUUCCAGCUUUUCAUUUGGUCAUUGCCUCCGGGGAAUGUCGUUCCAUUUUAUGUUUUAAUAUGGCUGUAAGCUGUGAUCGUGAAUGGUAUUUGAAGGCCGACUCUUUUAAGAAGUUAAGAGUGUUAGACUUGAGCAAGAUUAAGUUCAACAAAGGUAUGCCUGCAGAUAUUACAGAUCUUAUUUUCCUAAGGUACCUAGCAAUAGCCUCAUGUAAGGUUCUAAACUGUAUACCUUUGUGGAAGAAUUGGAAUCUACAGACCCUACUUGUCACAGAAGAUGACAACGGUGCCCUUAGGCUGCCUCCUGGAAUUUGGGACUUGCCACAGCUAAGACAUCUUGAAAUCUACCAUCAGAUUUCUAUUGAUCGUCCAAAAGUGAUUCAAGAAGAUUUGCAAACACUUUAUUGGUUGUCUACCUCAGAGUGUACAAGGGAAGUGUUUCUGAGAAUCCCGAAUGUUAAAGAGUUGGGAAUAAUUGCAGGAGACGAAGCCGCCUCGCCACAGGACGGCUUAAAUAAUCUGUGUUGUUUAAGUCAUCUUGAGAAGCUAAAAGUUCAGGGCUCUUACCAUCCUUUACACAUGCGUCCACAGGCCACUAUUUACCCACAAACUCUUAAGAAGUUGACAUUUGUGAGAACUCUUAUACCAUGGGAGCACAUGAAUUGCAUUAGUAAGCUACCCAAUCUGGAGGUACUUAAACUCAGAAACUUUGCCUGCGUGGGACAAGAAUGGGAACUAAAUGAAGAAGGUGGCUUCCCACAGUUAAAAGUUUUGCUCAUUUCUAUUACAAAUUUGAAGGAAUGGAAAGCAGAUGUUGACACUCCUUUCCCAAAACUCGAACGCUUACUCUUAAGAAAUUGCUUUGAGUUGAAAGAGAUGCCAGAGUGGAUUGAAGGUGCCAUCACACUCCGGUUAAUUAAGUUGGAGUAUUGCUACGCUUCCCUUGUGGGUUCUGCUCAGAUGAUUAAAGAAGAGCAACUUGACUACGGAAAUGAUAUGUUAGAUAUAAUUGACUCUAAUACUCGACUAGAAGAAGAAGAAGAAGAAGAUUCUAAUGAACAAACCUAUGAAGGUGAAUGUGUUCGCCAUGGUUUAACUAGCCUUUGGUUUGAAGCAAGGAGGCUAAGGAUCGGAUGGGGUGAUGAUACUAGGUAUUGGAUUUGGACAAGGGACUCUGAAUUUGGAUGUGAGGUUGCGAAACUUGAAAAAGUUAGCUGGUUCGAAAUCAGAUUAAACUUUAACGUUGGGUGCUUAUCUAAGAUGACAUGUUAUUCUGCCUACCUUGUUUUCAAGCUUGAAAGCGGGCGCUAUCGAGAUGUCAACACAGCAUUGGCAGGUGUGAGAUAUGAGAAGGACAAGGCCAUAUACGGUGGUUAUCGACUAGCAGGUGUGAGAUAUGAAAAGUCCAUAUACGGUUGGAUGCUUGGAGAGAAUCGACACUCUCAGGUCUUUCUAGCAAAGACAAAAUCUUAUGGGGACUGUGGUCGGUUUCCUGACAACCGCUCUGAUGGGUGGAUGGAGAUUAAGCUCGGAAACUUUUACGUUAGUAGUGGGAAUGAAGGUGAAGUUGAAUUGCAACUGUGGCAUGUAUCAGACCAGUUCUGGAAGUCUGGUUUUAUAGUGAGGGGCAUUGAAGUUCGACCAUUAAAUGAAGGACAAGAAAGCUAGCUGUUGAGUCUCACUAUAUCACCCAAUGUCUUUAAUUUACUGGCCGGUGUUGUGUUUGUCUUAUUAUUUUCUGCAUUCCUAUUUCAGUUUCUCGGGCAAUUAUUGUAUUUAUAAUAAGUACUAAUCUGUGUGUUGUGAUACUUAUUUAUGUUCAUGCUUUUGAGUAUACUUU